AUGGCAGUUCCACAACAAGUGACCAUUAAGCUUAAAGAAAACCAAAAGGUAAAAAGUGAUGGUACUCCCAUAUAUUAUCCAUAUGGUAGGCUCAUUACUGUCACAAGAUCUUUAUAUCCUCCUGGGUCUACACAGGAUUUCUACAGCUACACUCAUGAAUGGAACGGAACAAAACUCAAACUUGCAGAGAUACAGGAUGAUACUGGCGUAAAGAUCCAAAGGAUUAAUGAAUACGGUAAAAAGGUACCUUCAGUUUCCGCAUAUUAUUGGAAACAUGAAAAUGGUACUGAUGGUAGGAAUCCUAAGAAGGCUCUCAUGGUAGAAGUGGUAGAAGAAGGUGGAAAGAAGUACUCUUAUUAUCUCAGGAAUAUUAGUGAUCCUCCUUGGUUUUCAAUAUACGGAAAUUCUUCUUCGGAUCCUCUAGAUGCCAAGGAACUUGAAGAGAAACUAGAUCAACAAAACUGUAAACUCAACAAAGCAGUCACUAUUGACUUAUCAUACAGUAAAUCUACACCGGGAAGAAGAUACUGUUGUCCUGCUCAUAGUCCUAGAGGUGAUAGCGGGAGGGUCUCUGUUACUGUUGAGAAAGUUUCUUGCACAUCCCACAUCUCAAGUUCUCUUACAUACUACAAACAUGAGGUUAAAGCUGGUGAAUGGAGGGUAGCCGCUAUCAAGUACAAUGAUGGUGGUGGUCGGUCUAGUGGUAAAAGAAGGAAGAGAGUGAAUAUUCCUGGCCUCAAAUUACCUACCAAAGAUUCAGUAAAAAUUACGGUUCAUGUCUUUUAUUGUAAUGGGAGUGAUCCGAAGCUUAUAUAUGUGGAAUAUAGUGGUGGACAAGAUGUAAAGGGAUGGUACCGGAAAGAUACUACAGAUGGGUGGAUAAAAGUCUCUGGUAUAUCUGAGAAUAUAACACCAGAUGAGUUAAGUAAGACUGCAAACUGUAGUCACGAUGACUUUAAACAACUUGUGACCGCACUAGGUUGUAACAACUACUCAAAUUGUGUUAAUUCUGGUGGUAGUAAACCUGAAACUGAUGAAUCUCUAGAAAAUGCUGAACAGAAUACUACUGACCAGGUUCCUGAUACAGAGUCCGAGACUAAACAAUCAGUUCAAGGUAAGGGUCCUGGACUUUCUGAAGGAGCUAAAGCAGGAAUUGGUGUUGGAAGUACCGUCGGUGGAGGAAGUGCUAUAGGUUUUGGAAUCUGGAAAGGACCUGAUAUAAUGAGAGAUAUAAUUUCAGUACUAAGGACUCUUAUUUAG